GGCCCAGCGAGUAAAGCUCUACCAACAGUAUGCGCCAAAGCCCAAUUUCUCAAAACCUCAUCAAAAACUCCAACUAAAAUUCUGUCCCUCACAAUGAGUGGCUAUGAGCCUACGACCAUAUAUUCAUGGCUUUAUGAGUGAAUGUAGAGUGACAUACUAAGAUGGAGAUUCCAUUAAUAAUAAUAAUACCAUGAAAACUUACCUUAUCUAUACACUUGUUCAUAUACUUCAUUAAUCAAACAGCAAUAAAUUUGGAAAUUUCUUAUUAUGCUAUCCACUUCAAUUACACCAUGCCACACUUACUUCCAUUACAAUAUUCCUAACAAUUUUCCCUCCAAACACUCCCUCCAUUUCAAGAAAACACUUGUCAGUUAUACACACAAUUAUCACCAACAACCUAUUUUAUCGGGACUCUUCAAAAAUGCCAACAACGGCUGUAUGUUUUAUUUGUCAAAAGAAGUGUAUUUCCGACAGCACAGGUGCCGCAUCAAAAGUGAAGAGUUCGCACCACUUAACCAAGAACAAGAAAGGCAUAACAACAAUCAUGUAUAUUCUCAAGAAAUUUAUUUUCCCGAUGAAAAAGAGAAACCCCAUCAUAAGGAAGUUGUCAAAGAGCAGGAAGUUGCAGUGAUCACUCAUUCGCGCAUUCGGUCGAACAGAUGGUGGGCAAGCGUUAAAGCUGCAUUGGGACAGAGGAUUAAUCUGGAGGGAAUUGCAUUUUUUAUUGGGAUUUUGUAUAAAUAUAAGCAUUUGGCACUGCCACAUGUGUUUGUGCCAGAUAUAAGGUACAUUGAUUGGAAUGAGCUGAAGAAAAGGGGAUUUGAAGGCGUAGUUUUCGAUAAGGACAAUACUAUUACAAUGCCUUAUUCAUUGAACUUGUGGUCUCCUCUUGCUUCAUCUAUGGAACAGUGUAAAUCUUUGUUUGGCAACAAUAUUGCUGUUUUUAGCAACUCCGCGGGACUAACUGAAUAUGAUCCUGAUGGUAGAAAAGCUCGGAUUCUUGAGCGUGCAAUCGGGAUUAAAGUCAUUAGGCACAGAUUGAAGAAGCCAGCUGGAACAGCUGAAGAAAUUGAAAGGCAAUUCGGUUGCAAAUCCUCGAGAUUUAUUAUGGUGGGUGAUCGUCCUUUCACAGACAUAAUUUAUGGAAACAGAAAUGGUUUUCUUACUAUUUUGACAGUACCAUUAAGUCUCUCACAGGAGCCAUUUAUUGUGAAGCAGGUCCGGAAACUUGAAAUGGUCCUUGUGAACCGAUGGUCUAGUAAAGGGAUAAAACCAAUCAAUCACUGGCUUCUUCCUGAUUACCAGGAGUGUGUAAAGGACGAACUACUAUAGUCUUUAGGGAAUACUUUUUUUCUUUUUAGAUGAAGGUAGAAAAGUAUUUGUUGAGCAGUCAUCUUUGUUGACGCCACUAGUUAUUUAUUAUGCAGGAAAUUUCUUGUGUUGUUUUAA